ACUGCGCUUCUUCUUAGAUCUGUCUAUCGUUUCCAGUGAUCGAACUUCGCUUCGCGUAACCCAAACACCAAACGAUGUCAUCCUUCAAGGACAAAGUGAUUAUUGUGACCGGCGCCAGCUCCGGCAUCGGAGCAAGUGCCGCCGUCCACUUGGCCAAACUCGGAGGGCUCCUGGUCAUCGUGGGUCGCAACGUAGAGAAGCUGAAGGAGACGGCCGACAACAUUGUGGCGGCUGGAGGAGCCCCGCCCUUGGAACUGCAGGCGGACAUGACCAAGGAGGUGGAGGUACAGCAGAUUGUGGACGCCACUCUGGCCAAGCACGGCCGCAUCGAUGUGCUUGUAAACAAUGCGGGCAUCUUGGAGACAGGCUCCAUUGAAGCCACCAGCCUGGAGCAAUUCGAUCGCCUGAUGAACACCAAUGUGCGUUCCCUGUACCAACUAACCAUGCUGGCCACUCCGGAGCUGGUCAAGACCAAGGGCAAUAUCGUUAACGUAUCCAGUGUCUGUGGACUGCGCGCCUUUCCUGGUGUCCUGGCCUACAAUGUGUCUAAGGCAGCGGUGGACCAGUUCACGGCCUGCGUGGCCCUGGAACUGGCCCCCAAAGGAGUCCGCGUAAACGCCGUGAAUCCCGGCGUGAUUGUGACCGACAUUCACAAGCGUGGCGGCAUGGACGAGGAGACCUAUGCCAAGUUCCUCGAGCACUGCAAGAUAACCCAUGCCUUGGGUCGUCCUGGCGAUGUAAAGGAGGUGGCGGCCCCCAUUGCCUUUCUGGCCAGCGAUCAGGCCAGCUUUACCACGGGAAUCAGUCUGCCCGUCGAUGGAGGUCGCCACGCCAUGUGCCCGCGAUAAGAUGCGGAUGAGCAAAUGGAGAGAAAUCAUUCGCCCGGUGGCAUUUAUCGAAUUUAGCGUCUCAUUUUCAGUAGUUAAUUUAAAGAACACGACUAAAAUACGACACAAUACAUUAAAAGUGCCCAGUUAAGAUAUGUUUUUCUUGGAUUUUUCUUCUCAUAAUAAAAUAAUAUAUUGCUAAAAUA